AUGUCCAUCCCUCACAUGGGAAGAGGUAGUCGACUAUGCCUUUCUCUUGACUUCGACCUCCUUCGUGAUGCACGUCAAGAUGUAUCACAGCGUCCUUGGGCAACUCCAACAGGCCGCCUCACCAUGGAUACUUACUUCAAGAUGCACCGUGCGGCUACUUACUCGGGUGUGAAAAUCAACUUAAACCCUGCGCUCGCUCAUCGAGUGGGUUUGCAUCGCAAGGUUCGUGCGAGGCUCGCUGGACAUCAUAUUCGUCGCCUGCAGGAAAUAAGCGUGCUGGAAGGCUUUUCGGGGAGCAUCAUGCCAGGCACAAGCAUCGAACAAGGACCUGGUUCCAGCGCAAGUAUCCCCACUCUGUGCAUUCCCUCUAAACUCACUCAUAAUGGUCUCUCGAUGCCGCAGGAAGGUGCAAAUGACUUGGAGGAGGACCACGAGGAAGAAGAGGAUAUAAAGGUCGAUAGUGAAGAGCAUGCUCGCAUUCUUGAAGACAUUUUGCAGGUGACUUCAGACAUUUAA